AUGGAGAGGGCCUGGAGGUCAGGGGUGCGCUCGGAGACGGCGUCCUGCGCCGGCACGCCCAGGUCCGCCCACUCCUCCGGCAACAUCCAGCACCGCUACUCGCAGAGGUCAGUACUGCUCUCACACAUGCUGAAGACACAGCAGGGUGCAGUGGACAUGUCACCGCAAUUCUCUUACUGCAAGCCUACCGCCAAACGAGACCAAAUGCUCAACAGAAGGCACUCACUUAACUUGCCUGAGCAUUUGUCUGGCCAUCACUCCAGGAAAACAGCGGAAAGAACUCAUAAGGCUAGUUCAAAGUCCAUCGCAGAUUUAGCUGGGGAGAUCGCAGCCCUCGAGCAGGAGGUCAUCCGCAAGGAACUGCAUCUGCUCACCCUCUAUAGAAGAGCAUUUGAUCAGCAGUUAUCCGAUUCCUGCAGUGUUAGCCAGCAGGUGGACCAAGAAACAAGUAGAAAUAUCGACGAGGGUGCGCUCCGUUUAAGAGAUAUCAAGCACUCUGCAGCCUUCAACUUGCCAACUGUCUCAGAUUCUAAAAGCGAAGUAUCAAGAUCAGUUUCGAAGCAUUCUAGCCUAGUGAACUUCUUGAGUGCUUCCAUUUCUGACUAUGUGCCUAAGAUUUCUUGCAAACUGUCGGAGGACAUCCUGAGUUGCAUUGCUUCUGUCUACUGCAAGCUUGCAAGCACGCCGUCUCAAGAUGGAGACUCUGUGACUUCACGGAGUCCUUCUGUUUCAUCUUCAAGUACCUUCUCUCCGAGGCGUCGUAACGAUAGCUGGAGCCCUCGGUAUAACUUCGAUGCCACCACAAGCCCUAGCCAAUAUGGAUACCAAAAAGAGAAUAGUGAACAAAAUAUAGGCAUGAUAAUUGUUCCAAGGAUACAUAUAGAUGCCACCAAGUUCGAAUAUGCCUCAAAAAUGCUGGAGACUAUCAGGUCCUUGAUACAGCGGCUCGAAAAAAUUGAUCCAACAAAGAUGACACACGAGGAGCAGCUCUGCUUUUGGAUCAACAUCCACAAUGCUUUAGUCAUGCAUGCUUUUUUGGCCUACGGGAUACACGAUAAACGCAUGAAGAGCACUGACAUGAUUCUGAAGGCUGCGUACAACGUGGGUGGUGAAUCAGUAAAUGCGGAGACGAUUCAAAACUCAAUCCUCGGAUGCCAAUCCCAUCGUCCAUCAUUGUGGGUCCGCGCGCUGUUCACGCCAGCAAAAAGAUCUCUGGCAGGAUCGACAACGAGGCACCCCUACGCCCUUCAUCAUUCGGAGCCAAUCGCGCAUUUCGCGCUCUCCACAGGCACAUUUUCAGACCCACCUGUGCGGCUUUACGUGGCAAAGAAGAUCCACCACCAGCUGGAGAGAGCCCGGACCGAGUUCAUCCAGGCCAACGUCACGGUGAAGAAGCAGGCCCUCAUGUUACCCAAGGUGCUCCACUACUAUGCCAAGGACGCGGCGCUCGAGCUGCGCCAUCUCGUGGAGCUGGUGUGCGAGAGCACAUCCGAGACCCAGCGGAAGGAGAUGGCCCAGCUCCAGCACCGGCUCAGAAGGAUUGACAAGUGUGUGGAGUGGCUGCCAUACAAGUCCAACUUCAGAUACAUUGUACAUAGGGGUCUGGCUGAGUAGGCAAGGCAGGCACCAGUUUUCAGUUUCCCUUUUCUGUUUUGGGUUUGUUAUUAUGUUGUAAGUAAUUACCAGGUUUUAGAUAAACCUAACAAAUGGUGUGGUGUGUAAAUGUGUAAAUACAAGUGAAGUGUGAAUU